UCAAUAUCCUCGUCGCGGUCAAGGAUAUACGAUCCACAUAUAAUCCUACCCACAGCGUUGCCUCAAAACUUUUGCGCCGAAUCCUGCAGUGCCGCCCGUUUCCACCCACAUUUUCGAAUUUCGAUCUCCCUCACUUUCGCGGUGCUACAAACACCCGCCUCCCAUACCCUGACAAUUUCACCCCGCGCGACCCGUUCUGUAAAGCUGCAAUCUGCGGAAGAACUGCAUUGCACACCUGGCUGGUGCGCAUCUGUAGGCAAGCACUCCAGCAUGUCAUCUUCUUCCCAGGUCACGGAGUCAUGGAUAUCUUCCUUUUGUGGCCUUCUUGGCCAUGAAUAUUUCGCCGAGGUGUCAGAAGAUUUUAUCGAGGACGAUUUCAAUCUCACAGGCCUGCAAUCACAGGUACCCAUGUACAAGGAAGCGCUGGAGAUGAUACUGGACGUGGAGCCCGAGGAUGACGAAGACGACGAGGAAGAGGAAGAGGAGGACGAGGAGGAUGAAGACAUUCUCGGGGACGAACGACCUGCUGGUUAUCGCCGCGCAAGCGAUCGACGACACCUUCGUAUAGCAUCGGACCUCAGUGUAAUUGAGAGCUCCGCCGAACUGCUCUAUGGUCUUAUACAUCAGCGAUACAUCACAUCACGGCCAGGCAUCCAACAGAUGGCGGAAAAAUACGAGCUACAGCAUUUUGGCACUUGCCCGCGUGUCCAUUGCAACUCUUGCAAAGUACUCCCCGUAGGCCUGAACGAUAGUCCUGGCCAUGAGACGGUCAAGCUAUUUUGCCCCUCGUGUCUGGACGUCUACACCCCGCCCAACUCUCGCUUUCAAACUGUCGACGGCGCCUUCUUUGGCACAACCUUUCCCUCUCUCUUUUUUAUGACUUUCACGGACCUCGAUCUCGGUGUGAAUGGCGUAGCACCGCAUAAUAUGGCGCCUGGUCUCGGCCCCGGGAACAUCUACGAGCCGCGCAUUUACGGAUUCAGAGUCAACGAAAGGGCAAGGUCGGGCCCACGGAUGAAGUGGCUGAGGAUGAAGCCCGCGGACAUAACGGAGCUCGAUGAGACCAGGGCUUACUGGGAAGACCGCGAGGGCGAUGGAGAUCGACCGGACGCACAAGAUCUGAACAUGGUCGAUGUCGCCGCAGACGGUAAGGCCAGGAGGAAGAUCGCUGGGCGGAGGAGAAGAACAAACGGAUCGGGAAAUACUGGUGCUAGCCCCAUGGAUACCAACGGCGUCGGUGCUGCUGGAUAG